AUGGGUGUGUUGAUAAGUGUUAUUGAAGGCGUCCCCCACCUUGCUGGACGUUUGCGUGUUUGGCGAACGUGGUUUAUUCAUGGGCGUCACAGCAACUCAAGUUUAAAUGGCAUGGUUCUCUUUAAAUCCAUUUAAAUCGGCAAUUUUCUCACCAAACAAUGUCGGUGUUUAUUUUGACUAAAAGAAAAUAUCAACAUUUUGGAGCCAAGUCCAAUGUUUUUGGGUUGUGAUUCGAUUGCGUGUUUUUCUUCUUUUCGGAGUCAUAAGGGUGUGGUCCGCAGUAUUACCGGCGUGUAUUACCUGCCUACACAAUAAUAAAAGCAAUAUUUCAUUGCGAAAGUAUAUGUUUUUUCGAGGGCGUCGCUUAGAGUGUUGCGUUAAACGCAUAUAUAGUAUAAAUAUGGGCCAGCAACAACGCCUUUCUUCCUUAUCAACCGGAUUUCUGAAGUUAUCUUGGCCCUGGUAAAACUCAGUGAUGCCGACUCCGUUCAAUCUAGAAAAGAAUCCACUCUUGACAAAAAUAUUUACAGCCAUGUAGACUUGUUUUGUUGUUUGAUUUGCGUAAAUAUUUUCUUCGCAUCUAAGUAGGCGUGGCAGAAAAACUUUCCCGCCCACGCUAAUGGUAACCAGGUAACUGGGUUAUCCUAUUUUCGAGUGUAGAAAAAUCCAACACUUUCUGGGUUUCUUAAUAGUAUAUAAAAGAGAAAGACCAACGAAAUAAAAAACAGACUUGAAAAACAGUAUCCCUCAGAACCAAAUAACAAUUCGUUGUUAUAAGGACAUCGUAAAGGAAGAGUUAGACUAAAAUUUUCAUAACGGCAGUUCACGUUUAAUCAAACAAGGCGCUAAUGAUGGAGAAUCUUAGUACGAAAGACUGUGCAUUGUCAAGAAACAAAACAGGGAGACAAGAACGCAGAGGAAAGAACUCACUGCCCACAAAAAACACGAAUUUCUUCGAGAUCGACGCGACCUCGCUUCGCAGACAUCACAGCUUACCAGGACAGAUUGACUUCAAAGAUGUUUCACAUGAAAGGGCUGUUUUAGAAGCUUAUGGAAUUAUUCCCAAGCAGAAACGUUCGUUAACGUUUCUACAAGAAAAGUUCAAUUUGACAGCAGAGUGGACUACCGCGCAAGAAUCUUCAAACGUCAGAUAUAUCAUAGCCAGCUUUUUGGGAUAGCAAAGUGCUAUCAUGUACUCGUUAUGCGAGUGAACAAACAUUAACAGAUUAAUUCUUCGAAAGACAAAUGUUUCUUAAGUAAUCGAUUUUCCAGAAGUAGUUAGAUACCGGUGUAAAGUAUGUUCUUUGGUAAUAUUUAUGGUGAAAAUAUUCUGUCAGGGGCAGCCAACGACAAUUUUCGGAAAAUUAUCUGUUCGGAAGACGAUUUGAGAUCUAGAAUUUUCGGAUCAUUUUCUGAAAAAUUUCUUGCUUGCCUGCCUCUCCUAGGAUUUUCGAAUAUCAAAAAAAUCGUAUAAUUGCCCAUUUUUAACGGAUUUUUACCCUAAAAAGGUCACCUAGAAUUUUCGGGAGCCUUUUUUCUGGCUGAAAUUUUCGAAAAGGUAAAUUUUGAUCCCUAUAAUUUUCGGAUCACUAUACUUUCAGCUAGGAAAUCUGAACAGAUGAAAAAUUUUUAGGGGAUAAAAAUAAGCCUUUAUCUACCGUUUAAAUACUAAAGUACGUUCAACAAUGCUAUGUUUAUGUGGUUUUGGAGUAUAUUCUCGUUGGGUGCCCCUGAUUCUGUGUUGAUAUUCGGAUGUCUAGAAAAGCCUAGCCUCGCUAAAAACUUCAUCGACCGCCUUUUUACGGUUAAAAGGAUGCUGUAUGUUGUUUUAAGGUAAAGCGUUAGCGUACAAAAGUGAAUGUACUCACACAUUUAUUUCAUGAACGUCAAAAAAUAAAUACAAUAAAAUAAGAAUGAACUUCCAUAGUCUUCUCUUGCGGCACCAGGGACAAAUUUAUAACUAAGAGCCCGGAAAGUAAUGUUAGUGGAAGCACAAUAGUCAAGGGGUAGUGUACUGCCAUUUAAGGGUUAUAUGGGCCACAGUGUGAAGGGUAUGGUUCUCAAGCAGUUUACUCUGGGAUAAGGCAUGGAAAUAGAGAGUUUGGGUCAAGAAUAGAGUAUCAUUUUCCACGAAUUGGUCAACUGCUUGAAGAUUUGACUCUACACUAGGGAAACUGGGAUUUGACAGUCAAAAAAUGAAAUUGAUUUCCCUGUAACUCGGCUUAAUAUCAAAGAGAGUGUCGACCUCGGUAGUUUCUGGAAAAUAGCGAAUCUAGGAUAGGGAGAGAUUUAGGGAGUUUGGACUAAUAUAGGGUAGCAAAAUUCAGCUGAACUAUGGGUUUCAGGGUACCAGUGGUACAUCCCCACCCAAGAAUCAUUAAAGUAACCCCCCCCCCCCUCAACACACACACACACACACACACACACACCAAGCACAAUAGACCAGAGGAACAUUCCUGAUGAUUCAUGUAGUUCUAGAGGCACUUUCCACUAUUCUGUGUUUUCACUCACGCGGCCAGCACCUAUGCAAAUUUAUUGGAACAAAAGAAAGCGGUUACAGAAGAAAAGAGUUCAAAUCCCACAGGAUUCGUUUGGGACACAAACAUGGCCGCCGUUUCAUUGUUUUUAGACACAAAUAUGGCCGCCAUGACGUCAUGUGAAAACACACAAUACUCCCUGAUAAGGAUUGGAGGUAUUCUCCCUAACCCCCUCCCAACCCUGCCCAACCCCAGCACCCCAAAGUCUCACAAAUAAGCAUUGACUUUGCAACAGUUGCAAAUAAAUAGCUGAGGUCUAUUCCUUUUUCUAGGGAACAGCAGAAAGAGAACAGGGGAACAGGAAAAACAGGAAACAAGCUAAGGAAACAAAGGAACAGGGAGCAGGAAAACGGGGGGUGGGAAAGGGAACAAAGGAACAAGAGAACAGGGGAACAGGAAAACAAGGGAACAAGCUAAGGAAACAAAGGAACAGGGAACAGGAAAACAGAGGAAAAAGGGAACAAAGGAACAAGGGAGCAGGGGAACAGGAAAACACGGGAACAAGCUAAGGAAACAAAGGAACAGGAAACAGGAAAACAGAGGAGAAAGGAAACAAAGGAACAAGGGAACAGGGGAACAGGAAAACAAGGGAACAAGCUAAGGAAAUAAAGGAACAGGGAACAGGAAAACAGGAUUACAAGGCAACAAGGGAACAAAGGAACAAGAGAACAGGGGAACAGAGUAACAGGGUAACAAGGCAACAAGGGAACAGGGUAACAAGGGACCAAGGGACCAAGGGAACAAGGGAACAAACGAACAAACGAAAUGUUUUCUGAAAGUGCUGGCCGAUGGAUGAAAUUGCGCUUUUGUCUUCCUCAAUUCGCUGGUGUAAGUGGCGAGAUGUGUAGCCAACAUAACCUGCAUCGCACAGGUCACAUUCAAAUUUGUAAACAAGACAUUGCUGGUGUCUUGGCUUAUCGCAUUUUAAGAUCUUCUGGCUGACAAACGCAGGAGAUACUGUUUUAGCUAACAUUAGCGUAGUAUAUUUGUAGCGAUCACAGACUGAGAUCAGGUUGUAUCAAGCGAUCGCUCAGAAGAGGUUAAAAGUAAGGGGAAAAGCGUCAUCUUAAAAGGUGGUCGCGGACCCACGAUCGCUUUAACCGCCAUCAGGUGUCCUUUUUUCGGGGAUAGAGUCGCUUCCAAAAAGAUGACCGCCUGAUCGCAGGUUACGGCGCUUCUACGAGAAGUUCCAACUGUAAGGCUUUGACUUGUACUCUGGGAAUUUUUUUCCCUUACUAGAGAGAUAAUCGCACAUGGAGGUUCAACUGUACAUGAAGCGACGGAGGACUUUUAAACCAAAGUCAUAAGCCAUCUUUAAUAAACUCUGGAUAAUUCUAAUUACCUCCAACGACUUUGGUUCAAAUUCAUUGCUCGCUUGCUGUUAUCUAGUUGAUUAAUUUUGUUUAGUCUUUGCACCCACCCAAAAUUGCUUUUAAUAAUGGCUUCGCCAAGUACUGAAAGUUUGCGCCAAUUCUCAGGCUCAACUCGUGACGUGGACAAGAAAAUGUUUCCCUGUCUAGUGUAGUCCAGUGUCAACUGUAACGAAGUAUCUGCUCAUCACAAGUAACAAAAUAAUAAAUUGAUUUCUACAAGGGACAACACCCUGUAUUGAAUAUUCCGGUAAUAAAAUAACACGAUCUUGAAAACUGCAAGCUCGCGGGGCGGUUUAUCCCUACUAUAGCCUGGAUGGGUGGGCUUAGAUAGAUUGUGCUAGCAUAAGUCAUUACGAGCAUAAUUUUGAGGGCCAUGUGUUAGAAAACUCUUUACUGGGUUAAUCAUGUAUCUACCCUCUCAAAAUAAAGAACAUUGUACUGUAUUGUAAUUUUCAUCGAUUUUCUGAAAAAAAAAUCUCCGCUUGCAGAAUUUGCCCUUUUGACUAGUUUUGCAGCACAAAAUUGUCAUUCAUUGAUCAUGCAUCGCAGUUACCUUCUUUGGCCCGUCAUUUGUCUGUUGCAAAGGUAUUUAGCUGUUUUUACCAAAUUUGAAGACGUUAGUAAAAUUAGAAGCAUGAUUUCUGCAUUUUUUGCUAAAAUGAGCAUAAUUUACAAAAACUAGCAUAAUUAUUGGCAUAAUUUUAGAAAUAUACGAACACUGCUAGUACAUAUUGUGCUGUUUUUGGGAACACAAUCUAUAUCAAAGCCUAUGGAUGAGUGGGGAAGAACUGAAUCACUCGCCACUGUAAGGAAACCGAAAACUUUCAUUUCCAUCAGAGCACCCGAGGAUGCCUAUUUGCUCUAGAAUGUAAACACUGUUGAACGGUGAUAAAAAGAGAAAAAUGUAACAACUAGCCUUUCUUUCCAGGACAAUUUUGGGCAAUUUAAACAAGACUAAAUACUGUUUUCUUCCAUAAAAGGGCAAAUUAAAGUGACGACUACAUUUCUGCAGUCAGUGGGACCUUAAAAGGCUUGUCAGACGUCAAAAUUAGUUUGUUCUUGACAUCUAGUUCCGGAUUUAUGUAAUAUUCCAAAAAUAGAAUCGAAACAAUAACUUUUAUUGCUCCAGAAGUCAGCAGUCGGCUAGUUGCCAAUGUAACCAGAAGAGAUGGCGACGGCAAGAGAAGACGCGAAAACUCAGGAACUAAACCUUAUCUUUAAGUCUUUAGGAGAGAGAGGGAAUGAAGGUGAUAUAUGGAAGGAAUUUACUGAACAUACUCUGUGUUACUUGUUACAAAAGAUUCCUGAAUUUAUCAGCAAAGCGUUUGCAAACGAAAGUAUCGGUGUCAUGUUUCGACUUUACGGAAGUGCUGUCGAAGACUUGAAAAGCCCAGCAACGGAUGAUAUUGGAGAUCUGGAUAUCGCGAUCAUUCCCAAAUCAGAAGAUUUGUUCAUUCACGACGAAAUGAUCGAAUAUUUACCCCAGCACCCUCUGCACGUUAGAAUCAAAGGCAGGGAUCACCCUCUCUUACAGUCCUGUCUUGUGGAAGACACGCCUUACGUCGCCACUUCAGCCAUCAAGAAUUUCCAUUCUGCGAUUUACGGCACAUCAGCGCCUCAUAUGAUAAAUCAUUUAACUCGCGCCAUUCAGAUAGCAUCUCGAGAAAAUUGGGGCCAAGUCGUUGCGGAAUGGAAAAACAAAGAGGACGGACCGGCUCUUCAGGUGAAGGGUUCCCAGUCAUUUGGGCCUAUUUCUGGGGAGAUGAAAAGGAUGAAUAAUCCUCAGAACUUGAUUAAUUGCGACCCAGCUGAGUGGGACUGGUUCGCUCAAUUUUUAACCAACGCCAAUGGAUUUGAAUACAGUAGAGAACACGCUGAAAUUUUGGGCGAAUUCAUGACAUUUGCCAAUGAUAUACAGAUGUCCUGGCAUGAGAGAGGUCUCCUAGGCCAACCUCAGGCGCUCCCCGGUUUUGUGCAAGAGCUGAUUUCCAGCGAGCGCGUUAAGCAGCUCAGGGAACGAGUUGUCACUAUUCAGCAAAGUAGUCAUAACCAAAACGAAAGCGAACUGAGUGGAGAACACUUGGCGGAAGCGGAACAACACAGUAAUGAUCAAAGUGUCACGCCAGGGAGCUGUCACGGAAACGAAACUGGAAGUAAGAAGGAUAAGGUCUUGCAAGAGGCUUUUCUCUCUACCAGUGUGUCAUUCCUCACUCCAAAAAAUUCUCGUGAGAGUCAUAACACGGCUGAAAACUUAGGUACGACUUUCAGUCAAUCAACCAUGGGAGAGUUGUCAGAAAGCCCGUACCAAUCAGCACAACACACCAUGCCAAAGAAAAUAAGUGAAACAGGUGUAAACGAGAAAAAAGAACAGGGACAGAAUGAAGACGGCGCCGACGAGAGUGGAAGUGAGUCUAUUAACACAGCGAAACCGCCCUUUGCAGAAAAAGGGGAGCCUAGCUAUUCAGAUUUCAAGAGUGUUUCAGGUGAAAAAAACAUCCUUUUGGAACACAUACUUGGACCUUUCAGUCAAGAAAGCAAGGCUCCUUGGAAAGAAACAGAUGCAAAAGACGGUCAGAAAGCAACCAUUGCGGGUGGAGUUGAUUUAGUUCCCGCCCUUAGAUGUCCUGGGUGGCCGCGAGUUGCAGAAGAUUGGAUCAACCGAAAACGACAAUGGCCUUCACCUGACGUGAUUGACAAAGUUGUCCAGGAGGGCUUCCAUUUAGUAGUAAAGCCUCCGAAGGAUGGCGGAAAUCCAAAGUGUGACUUCAGAAUUGCCUUUAACCAUGCAGAAUACCUGUUAAGCCAGGCGAUGAAUGACAUUCAGCGCGAGUGUUACCGAUGCUUGAAGAAAUUUCAUCGUGCUUUUCUCAAGGAUCCAAAGGGUUUGGUGACAUUUCACUUGAAGAACCUACUUCUGCAAACAAUCGAGGAAACCGGGGCCGAACUGUGGAUCGAAAGUAACAGAGUCGAGUGUGUGAUGAAGCUCUUCCGAAACCUUUUGCAGGCUCUCACAAAGAAAGAGUUGCCCCAUUUUUUUGUGAGAUCUUACAACCUGUUUAGUGAAGAUUACAUUGAUGAUCCCGAGAUUCUUGAUGUAUUGGCUAGAAAAGUUGAGAAGAUCAUGGAAAAUCCCAUGCAAUCAGCUAAACAGUUGAUUCAGAAAGAGGCAUCUGCAGUUCAAGCACCGCUGGAAGAGAAAAGCAUUUUAAGCAACGGACUGGCAGUCAAAACUGCUUCCAAAGCCGACGGAUUUGAUGGCCACAUGGUGCUACCAGGUACUCUAAAAAGGGACGACACUCGUCCAGUUAGCAGCUCGUCAAGGCAGAGCUAUCGCUUUCAUGAUCUGAAAGACAUCUAUCUUGCCAGCAGCCAAGAGUUAACUGCCAUGGCUUUUAACGCUGAUGAUCUCACAAUUGAAUCACUCGACCCUCUCACAAGGUCCUUGGUAGGUGAUCUCAAAGAAAUGAUCAAAACCCACAACUUAAACGCU